AUGAGUUUACAGACAGGCGCUUCUUUAAUUACAUUAUCCUUAUUGCUCAACAAAAUUAGUGGUCUUUAUGGCUUGCUUGCCUUGUUGACCGGCUACGAUCUAUCGCCCGUCCAGCUAUCCAUGUACCUUUACUCCCUCAUCGCGCUUGGUCUGACAGCACUCCUCUUCCCUCAUAUCCGAAAACAAUCCCCGCUGCAAUGUCUCACUCUUGCAUGGCUCUAUGUGUUCGACAGUGUGAUCAACGCCGCCUAUACCGCCGCCUUUGGAGUGACGUGGUUUCUGGUAAUUUCUCAGCACUACGAGAAUGGCCACGCGACGGGCCCAGGGGCUGAAACGAUGGCCCAAACCGCAGGCUUCACGAGCCCCGAGCCCGAUACACCCCUCAGUGGCGCUGGCGGCGACCACUAUGCGAGAAGUCGGAACGCUGUUACCCAACCCGAGAGCUUCCAGAGCAUUGUUUUCAUCUGCAUCCUAUGGCUGAUUCGCGCAUACUUUGUUUUUGUCAUGUUAGCAUUUGCCCGCCAAGCUCUGCGCCGUUAUGUCGCGGUGCCCCGCCACACCCAGCUCCCAACUCACAGCCGCAAUACUUCUAUCGCUAGCGUGGCCAGCGUGGCCGAUAUCGACCGCGAACCGUUUUCGCCAUAUAGUCCCGAUGGCCAAGGAUGGAAGGGAAAACUUGGUCGCGCUAUGAUCAGUAUUAAUCGCAACUACUGGCUCGGUGAAGACGAGGAAGGUGGAAACUGGAUGAGCAACCUGGGCCGUCGGUUUCGCGCUCGUGAGGAAGCCACUGAACUUACCGGCCCCCUUGAACGAGAGCGACGACGUCGGUCCGGAACUGGACCUCCUGUACCUUCUCAAUCCACCGUUCAAGCGGCUUUGCAGCCCCCAGCACCAGGGAUGAAUGUCAAGGUUCACGACUGGGCAGAAACCAGGUAG